AUGGCCACGUCUGAUCGAUUCCCGAACACCUCGUCGUUCACCGUCGAUGGUGUCCUGUUCGACAUGGACGGCACACUUACAGACUCGAUCGCUGCGGUCGAAGCUGCGUGGUCCGCCAAGGCCGAUGAGCUUGGCUUGGACAGAGAAGAGGUUAUCGCUGCGACUCAUGGGCGACGCGCCAGCGACAACCUCCAAGAUCUCAUCCCGAAUCUGAAAAAGGAGCAUGUGGAUAAAGAGGUUGAUAAAUUCGAAAGGUCCAUCCUUGCUUUUGCCGACUCGCCGCCCGUCUCUCGAAGUGGAUCCAGACGAAACUCUCGAAGCGGUUCAGCGGCCUCAUCUCGAAGCAAUUCAAUCUCCUCGUCUCGUAAACCUUCGUUCUCAAAAUCCGCCACAUCUCUCGGUACUCUAUCUUCCUUUGGACCCAUGACCCCAGUCACUGGCGGCACCGAUUCUCCGAAGGAAGCGACGCGACGACCGUCCACAAGUCUCAGUAAUGACAUCACCAAGGCUUUGACCAAUCUCGCCAUGUCGUCUUCCCCUAAAAAGGAACCCAUCCUCAUCGACGAAGUCGAUGGAGACGUCUUUGAAGUUGACGAAGAGGAUCUCGUCGACAUGUCCGUUCAAAUCUUACCUGGCGUCCGGAAGCUCAUCGAUUCAUUGCCGAAGGACAAGUACGCUGUAGCUACGUCAGGCGCCAAGACAUAUUGUCAUGGAUGUCUUGAGCGAACGGGAAUCGCUGUCCCUGGCGUGUGUGUCACGGCCGACGACCCCCGAUUGGAAAAGGGCAAGCCUCACCCUGAUCCAUUCCUCCUCGCCGCCAAGGACCUCGGAAUCGAUCCCAAGAAGUCAGUCAUCUUCGAAGACUCCCCAAGUGGCAUCAAAGCCGCAGUCGCUGCUGGCGGUACCGUCAUUGCUGUUUGCACUUCUCACAAGCGAGAGCAGAUCUCGCAUUAUGGCGCUCACUACAUCGUCGAGACCAUGGAUCAAGUCAAGUGCGAACAGCUGCCUGAUGGCAGACUCCACUUCACCGUCGCUCACUAG